AGAAACCAAGAGAGUUCCUCUAACAACAUGACCUUUGCGAAGAUGAAGCCGCCAACAUAUCAAUUCCAAGCAAAGAACUCGGUUAAGGAAAUGAAGUUCACUCACGAGAAGACCUUCUCGCCAGAAGGUGAAACCCUUGAGAGAUGGGAGAAGCUCCACGUUCUCUCAUACCCACACUCCAAGAACGAAUCUAGCGUUCCUGUGUUCGUCAUGUUACCGCUUGACACUGUAACAAUGUCAGGGCAUUUGAACAAACCACGAGCCAUGAACGCUAGUUUGAUGGCUCUGAAAGGGGCUGGUGUGGAAGGUGUUAUGGUGGAUGCUUGGUGGGGAUUGGUGGAGAAAGAUGGACCUAUGAAUUAUAAUUGGGAAGGCUAUGCCGAGCUUAUACAGAUGGUUCAAAAGCACGGUCUCAAACUCCAGGUCGUUAUGUCUUUCCAUCAAUGUGGAGGAAACGUCGGAGACUCUUGCAGUAUCCCCUUGCCCCCAUGGGUGCUUGAAGAAAUCAGCAAGAACCCCGAUCUUGUCUACACAGACAAAUCUGGGAGAAGGAACGCUGAGUAUAUCUCCCUGGGAUGUGAUUCUGUGCCUGUCUUAAGAGGAAGAACACCUAUCCAGGUCUACUCAGAUUUCAUGAGGAGCUUCCGUGAAAGAUUUGAAGGCUACAUAGGAGGAGUUAUUGCGGAAAUUCAAGUAGGAAUGGGACCUUGCGGAGAAUUGAGAUACCCAUCAUACCCUGAGAGCAACGGGACCUGGAGAUUUCCCGGAAUUGGAGAGUUCCAGUGCUACGACAAGUAUAUGAAAUCGUCACUUCAAGCAUAUGCUGAAUCAAUCGGGAAAACUAACUGGGGAACAAGUGGACCUCAUGAUGCUGGCGAGUACAAGAACCUCCCAGAAGAUACUGAAUUUUUCCGGAGAGACGGAACAUGGAAUAGCGAGUACGGAAAGUUUUUCAUGGAAUGGUACUCUGGGAAGCUACUUGAACAUGGAGACCAACUCCUAUCUUCAGCGAAAGGAAUCUUUCAAGGAAGCGGAGCAAAGCUAUCAGGAAAGGUAGCUGGGAUUCACUGGCACUACAACACCAGGUCACACGCAGCUGAGCUAACCGCUGGAUAUUACAACACAAGAAACCAUGACGGGUAUCUGCCAAUAGCUAAGAUGUUCAACAAACAUGGAGUAGUGCUCAACUUCACCUGCAUGGAAAUGAAAGAUGGGGAGCAACCGGAGCACGCAAAUUGCUCACCAGAAGGUCUGGUGAAGCAAGUACAGAACGCGACAAGGCAGGCUGGAACCGAACUAGCAGGGGAGAACGCGCUAGAACGAUACGACUCUAGCGCAUUCGGACAAGUGGUAGCAACAAAUAGGUCAGAUUCUGGAAAUGGGUUAACCGCAUUUACUUACCUAAGAAUGAACAAGCGGUUAUUUGAGGGUCAAAAUUGGCAGCAGUUAGUGGAGUUUGUUAAGAACAUGAAGGAAGGUGGUCAUGGAAGGAGACUUUCAAAAGAAGACACAACUGGAAGUGACCUUUAUGUUGGAUUUGUCAAAGGCAAGAUCGCUGAGAAUGUGGAGGAGGCUGCUUUAGUGUAAUAUCCCACAUAGGUACAUAUAGUGUGGUGUUUAUUGUAUUCCUGUCUGAUAAAUAAAUAGAGAGAUGAGAA